AUGCCAAAUAACGACUGUCAACAAGCGCCAGUGGACUUGGUCGCAUACAACGCCUCCCUCAGCGACGAGCCCCUUCGAAAGCGCAUCCUUCACCAAGAACUGGAUCCGACUCGCCACGAGUACAUAUCCAUCGCUGGCGGCGAGGGGUUUCUCGAUGCUGCAAGGGACUUUGCGUUUGGAUUUGGCGAUAAGACGGACCAACAGGAUGUUGCUCGGGUGACUUCAGUCCAAGCAAUCUCUGGAACUGGUGCCAAUCACCUGGGAGCCUUGCUCAUCGCCAGAAGAUUCAAGCCAAACAACGUGUGGCUACCUGAUCCUACAUGGGGCAAUCACUAUACAAUAUGGGACUUUGCCGGUGUUAGAUGUAGGCCUUACCCCUAUUAUAGCAAUACUACGCAGUCUCCGGACCUUAAGGGCAUGCUCGAUACUCUGUCAAGCCAAGCUUCAAGGGGUGAUGCAAUUGCCCUACACUCCUGCGCCCACAACCCGACAGGGACCGACCCAUCCCAUGAACAAUGGGAGAGAAUCGCCCAAGUUUGCCAACAGCUUGGACUUGUUGUCCUGUUCGACUCAGCUUAUCAAGGCUUUGCGACAGGAGACGUCGACGCAAAUGCUUGGGCAGUUCGUCACUCCUUCCAUAAAAAGCCGUCUCUCAGUAUCUGCGUCGCGCAGUCCUUUUCGAAAAACUUUGGUCUUUACGGUCAACGAGUGGGUGCCUGUCAUGUAGCAUUAGCACAUGGCAACAGCAGCGAGAGUCCAAGUGUGUUCAAGCAGCCAACUCAUUUCAUCCGUGCUGAGUAUUCGAUGGCUCCGCGAUGGGGAAGCGGUGUUGUUAAACGAAUUCUGCAAAGUUCAGAGCUGCGUCAGGAGUGGUAUCACGACCUGAUUUCGAUGAGCAGUCGUAUAAGAUUAAUGAGGGAGGCGCUCUAUCGCAAGCUAGUCGAACUUCAAACCCCAGGAUCUUGGGAUCGCUUGCUAUCUCAGAACGGAAUGUUUUCGUACACUGGCUUGAGUCCCGAACAGGUAUUGGCAAUGCGUGAGAAGCACCAUGUUUAUAUACUACAGUCUGGUCAAAUAUCUCUAUCUGGCUUGUUAUGCGGGACAGAAGCUUAUUAG